CAUUUUGAACUCAGUUGUGUCUUGAAUUAUGUCUUGGAUUACUUCUUUAAAAGUUCCUUCAAUGUUUAGCCUUCUCUUGGCUUUUCAAUUUUUUGCUAUUUUAUUGGCAACAACAAGAGCGAACCCCGUUCCUGAUUUGGUUAGUCUUGUAACUAACAGUCUAGAAGAAGCAGGAAUUCCAGGUGUUCCAGAUGUACAAGAGGUUCACAUACAGGAUUACAUCCAAGAUCUUCAAAACCCCAACGAUCCACUGAGUGGCGUUCACCAUGUUGCUCACCAUAUUCCAUCUACUCUUUCCGUUCCCGAGGUUCCUCAGCUUCCCGAUCUUCCAUCCGUUCCUGUAGAAGGGGUUCCUCAGCUUUCCGGAGUUCCAGAUCUUUCUGACUAUGGGGUUCCUCAAGUACCUCAGCUUCCCGAACUUCCAACUCUGCCCGUUCCCGAGCUUUCCGGAGUUCCAGAUCUUUCUGACUAUGGGGUUGAUGUUUCCCACCUUUCCCACGUACAUGACCAAAUUACAGCUGUUCUCGAUACUCCUGAUACAUCCGAAAAUGCUUCAACUUCUCCAAGUGAACCAAGUUCUCCAAGUCCAAGUGCUCCAACCGAAACAAGUCCUUCAAGCACAAAUACGAACUGGAGCAGACAGGGCAAACCUUUCGCCACAGGGGGCAAAUUUAAAUCGGACAAGAGAGGAUAAUUACUUAUUUGAAAUAAAAUAUUUUGAGAUACACAAAAUGUUGAAGACAAUGAGCUUAUGUUGUUAUUUAUAAGCAUAAAUUAGCCCAGCAGUGGCAUAAAACAUAAAUAAAAUGUAUGCAAUUAGAAAAA